UUUUAAUUUUUCAUGCAUGUUUGUAGUUGAGAACAAGAAUGUUCUGGACACUCAGUUUUGUCAAGCUAUGCGACAGCUACGAGGAAUACCAUCUGGACAGUUAUGUGUGAGACUAGCUAGUGGUGGAGAUCCAACAUAUGCUUUCACUGUGAAGUAUACAGGAGAGGAAGUUCAUGGAACAAGUGGAUCAUUCAGACAUUUCUUGUCUCAAGUAGCUAGAGAAUUACAAGGCCCUCUGCUGGCCUUGCUGAUGCCUUGUCCUAGCUCAGCACUUAACCACAACAAGGGGAGAUAUAUCCUGCGACCUGGGAAUAUGACCUUCUCUGAAGAACAGCUUCUUGUGGCUUUUGGUCAGCUUCUAGGGAUUACCAUGCGUGCAGAUAUUCCUUUGCCACUGGACCUGAUGUCAUGCUUCUGGAAGUCCUUGCUGGGCCUACCUCUGGAUCCAGUGACAGACUUACAACAAGCUGACUGUUUGACAUACAAGUACUUGAAAGAUCUGUCUACAGCUUCAAGCGAAUCAGAACUAAAUCAAAUACUGGAAGAGCAUCACAAAACUUGUUUCGUGUACACUACACUUGGAGCUGGUGAAGUAGAGCUGUGUACUUUUGGCAAGAAUUUAUCCUUGAGCUGGGAAAAUCAUGAACAAUAUGUUGAAUCAGUGAAAACUUUGCGAAUGAGGGAACUUGAAGCCAGAGACAGAAUGGAAGCUAUUAAAGCAGGGUUAGCAUCUAUCAUACCUCUGACACUCUUUCAUCUAAUGUCUCCUCAAGAUAUAGAAAUGAGAAUCUGUGGUGUGCCAGAGACUGACUUGGAGUUUCUGAAAUCCCACACAAUAUAUCACGUGGGUUUGACGGAAACUGAUGUUCAUGUUGAAUACUUUUGGAAUGCUUUGGAGAGCCUGUCAACAGAGGAACUCCGUAAGUUCAUCAAAUUUGCUUGCAACCAAGACCGUAUUCCAAGCACCUGCCCGUGCAAAGAUGGUCAGGCUGAUGCAGCCCAUGUACCACCAUACCCCAUGAAGAUAGCUCCUCCUGACUGUAGACCAGGCUCCCCAGAUUCCAGAUUUAUUAGGGUGGAGACCUGUAUGUUCAUGCUAAAGCUACCACAGUAUUCAUCACAGGAAGUUAUGACUGAGAAGCUUUUAUAUGCCAUACAUUGUCGUGAAGAUCCCUUGAGUGGAUGAUGAUGUCCUACUGGGGUUUGGCUUUUAGGAUCUAGUCUUGGAUGAUUUAUUUUAUGUUUCAUUUGUCUGUGAUCAUAAAAAAUUGUUUAUUAGGGGAUAAGUGCCUGGUAAGAUGAAAAGUAAAUUAGAUAUUAUAGUCUAUCCAAAUUUCUUAGAAAAGACCCAAAACUUGUUUAGCCAUUACACUUCCACACUAAAAAUAUUGUAUUUAUCCAGAUCAAAGACAUUUAUUCUUGAUAUGUUUUCUCAAGUUUCGUGCAUGAAUUGGAUUUUGUAAAAAUGAUACAUGCUUCUAAUCUCUUACAUGCUGGAACUUAAAAGAUUUUUUUAAGCUUAUAAAAGUCCAUGGAAUCAAUGUAUAACGCUUUUACUUAGUAAAAUUCAAGUUUUGUGCAUGAAUUGGAUUUUGUAUAAAGAUACAUGCUUCUAAUCUCUUCCAUGUUGGAACUUAAAAGAUUUUUUUAAGCUUAUAAAAGUCCAUGGAAUCAACAUAAAAUGCUUUUACUUAGUAAAAUUCAAAUGUCUAAUUCUUAUCUCUAACUGAUAUAAGGUGUCUUAUAGUAGCCUGCUGCACUUAUGUCAACAUUCUGUUGAAGCGGCCCUGAUUUUUGUGAGAAAUUAGUUUUUAGAUAUUUUUUCUUUUAAAACAUUGUUGGUAAAAAAAAAAGAAAAUUUUGGAAAUGUUGUGGUAGUUUUGUGCAGAUAAUUUUGUUUCUCAACCCGUAAAAGAUCUUCUGUGAACGAAAUCAGUUUGUGGUUAAACGGAAUGGAAUGUGUGUUUAUUUCACCAUACUAAAGUUAAAAGACAAUUCAGGGGAAAUUGUAAAAUGUGUUGUGAUGCUUUAGUGUGAGUUACUCAGCUGAAAUUCUGACACAGAAUUUUUAAAACUAGGCACAUAGACCCAGUUCAACUUUUUUUUCUUUUUAGUAGUCUACUUAAUUGUAUUUUCAUUCUAGCACUGUCAAAUUUAAAUUUUAUUUUUUAGUCUGGAAAAAUGUUCAGUUGUUUAAUUUAUCAAAACUUUUUAGGCUAACUUAUACAUCUGUUGAUUUUAUAUUUGAUGUUGUAUUUUUUAGUUUAGUAAAGUCUUUACGAGGUUUAUUGCCAUUUAAGUGUUCAGCAUGUGAUAUUCACAUAGUACUUAACAUGUAGAUGCACCAUAGACAUAUUGAUGUAUAAAAAAACACUAGUGUGAAAAUAAAACAUAUCAUUUUCACUGGUG